AUGAAGUCUCCCAUCCCCGACUAUCUCCAAGCCGUGCUGGAAAACGCACGCUCCAUCACGGGCGGCGCGCCCGCCAGCUACAUCGAGACGCUGGCCAAGGCCGACACGUCCAAGAUGGCGGUGGCGCUGGCCAUGGUCGACGGCAACCUGUACUCGGUCGGCGACGACCGCGUCGAGUUCUCGAUGCAGUCCAUCUCCAAGGCCUUUGUCUACGCCAUGGCCAUUGAGGACGUCGGCCUGCCCAAGGUCCUCGACAAGAUCGGCGUCGAGCCCUCCGGCGACGCCUUCAACCACCUCUCGCUGGAGCGCGGCACCAACCGCCCCGUGAACCCCAUGAUCAACGCCGGCGCCAUCACCGCGCACUCCCUCCUGAAAGGCCGCACCGCCGAGGAGCGCACCGAGCGCGUCCUGCGCGGCCUCUCCCUCCUCGCCGGCCGCCCGCUGCGCGUCGACGAGGAGGUCUACCAGGCGGAGCUGCGCUCCGCCGACCGCAACAUGGCCAUCGGGUACAUGCUCAAGGCCGCCGGCGUCGUCACCGGCGACCCCCAGGAGAUCGUCCGCGGGUACAUCCGGCAGUGCGCCGUGACCGCCAACGUGCGGGACCUCGCCCUCAUGGCCGCGACGCUCAGCAACGGCGGCGUGCACCCCGUCACCGGCGCGCGCGUCAUCCCGCAGGCCAGCGUGCGCCAGGUGCUGUCCGUCAUGACCACGUGCGGCAUGUACGACGCCGCCGGCGACUGGGUCUCCAACGUGGGCAUCCCCGCCAAGAGCGGCGUCGCCGGCGGCAUCAUCGGCGCGCUGCCCGGCCAGGUCGGCAUCGCGACCUUCUCGCCGAACCUGGACGAGCGCGGCAACAGCGUGCGCGGCGUGGCCAUCUGCGAGAAGCUCUCGCGCGACAUGGGCCUGCACAUGAUGGACGUGAGCCAGAUCGCGGGCGCCACGGUGCGCACGGCCGUGGCCACGAUCGUCGCGGGCGAGAGCGAGCCGGAGCACCCGAACAGGCAGCGCGAGGUCAUCAUCUUCAACCUGCGCGGGGCGGUGCGGUUUCCGGGGUCGGAGAGGCUGAGCAGGGCGCUGGUGCGGGAGCUCGGCGCGGCGGACCCCAAGGACCCGGGGUCGGGCAGGUACGCGGGGGCGUGCGCGGUGGUGAUUUCGCUGCGGGACGUGUACUCGCUGAACGUGGUGGCGCGGCGGAUCUUGCUGGAGAGCAUCGAGAGGCUGGCGGUCGAGGAGCGGACGGUGGUGGUGGUGGACCCGACGGGGGUGCUGCAGCUGGACGAGUCCAUCGCGAUGGGCCGGGCCAGCCGGGCUCGCGUGGUCAAGUCGGAGACGGAGGCGCGGGACUACAUUGGGGGGAAGGGGUGCUCGGCGGUGUUGAUCCAGGAUGGGUGGUGA